AUGAAAAGCAAGGAACUUUGGACCUCUACAAUAGAUUAGCCCAAGGAUUCGAAUUCCAGCAUCACCAAUCAAGUUUUCGCAUGUGCAUUUUUGAAAGGUAUGUUAAAAUUGGAAUUCUCAAGAUGGUGACAUCUUUGUGGCCGCAGUGGGUAAUGCACUCCUUCUUUUCGAUACCUACAAAUCUGACAUGCUGUGUUAACCGCUGAGAGGACAACACAAAGAGACAAUCACUUGUUUGGCCACAUCAAAGGAUGGAACCAAAUUGGUGUCUGGAAGUCAAGAUAAAACAGUUGUGGUUUGGAUGUACAACAGUAAAAAAAGUGAUCGAUUGUUGGAGCCAGAGAAAUGGUUUUCUCAUAGUGAUGCUAUACAAUGUGCAGCAAUUAGUCCAUUGCAAUAGCAGAUCUUCACAGGGUCCAAUUAGGAGUAUUCCCUUUGGAUCCCUGGAAUGAGUAACAUCGAGAGACAAAAGUAUAAGGAGAAGAUCAUUUGUUGUGCCUGGAGUGCAGACGGAUAAUAUGUAUCCUUCGGAACCAUAAGUGGUAUGAAUAAUUUAUUUGAAAAUAGGUUUGAUUGUAAUUACGGACAGACAGGCACAAAAUUUGAAAGAAAUAUAGACACAAAAGGGAGGACCUGCUUGGUGUAUGGAGUGGUCUCCAAUAAAUUCAGAAUACCAAUAAUCUUAACUCACAGUGGGAGUUUGGAUGAAUUCUUUAUACCAGUUCGAUUAGAAUGGAUAAUAGAUUGGAGCAAGGAUAGAACUGCCCUUCGAUCCUUUGCAUAUCAAUUUUUAGCAUAACGGAGAAUACAUGGCAAUAUCAGGGAACAAUAGUAAAGUGAAUUUGUACACAAGAGAAGGGGGAUUCCUCUUUGAAGUUUGUUAGCAAUAAGAUUGGAUCUGGUGCACUAAAAUUAAGCCCAAAUCAACCUUAAUAGGUUGUGGCACCAAUGAUGGAUAAAUCAUCAUUUAAGAAUUGAUUUCUGAUACUGUUAUUGGAUUAUAUAAUGAUAAAUUUAUAAGCAGAGAACAACUGACUGAUGCUAUAAUAGUGUCAAUGAAUUCAAAUUAAUAGGCUAGGAUCAAAUGUAAAGAGUUGGUCAAGAGAGUUGCUAUUUUUAAGGAGAAAGUGGCAGUUCUCUGUGGAAUUAAGGUUCUAAUCUAUACCUGUGUGAUAAAGGGAGAAGAUUAUAUGAAGUACAAACAAUUCAAGAAAUUUGUCAAAAGAGUGGAUUGCGACCACUUCUAAUUGUCAUCCUCUAAUGUGUUGAUAGGAGGAGGUUAGAAGUUGAUUGCCUUCAAUUUUAAUGGGGAUAUGGAUAGAACUUGGUCAUUUGAAGCACCUAUUACUUUUGUGAGUGUGUAAGGAGGCCCUCCUAAAAGGGAGUUGGUGUUGGUUGGAUUAGAGAACGGGGGAAUUUAUAAAUUGUUCUUAGACAAUUCGUUUCCGAUUCAAAUUCAUAAAGUCAAUUCUUAGAUCAAAUAUCUGACCAUGUCUCAAACUAAAAGAAAAUUGGCUUUGAUAGAUGGCAAUUCGAAUCUCCAAGUUCUAGACACAAUCACUAAGGAAGUACUGUUUGGGGAAAUGAGUGUGGAAGGAGUAGCAUUCAAUGAGGAGUUUGAGGAUUUGAUUGCUUACUCUGGGAAGGGAUUAUUGUUUAUUAAAUGUAUAGCAUUUUAAGCAUUGAAUUAAAAAAUAAAUGGGAAUGUUAUAGGGUUUAAGGGAUGUAAGAUAUUUUUAUUUGAUGGCUCAAAACCUUAGACAAUUGUUAUCCAAUAAACUGCAAAUAUGUAAAAGUAUUUGGAGAAGAAGGACUUUUAGAAUGCUUUGAAAAUAGCAUGUUUGGGAGUUACAGAAUAGGAUAUAAGAGCAUUGGGAAUAGAAGCUUUGAUUGCUGGAGAAUUUGAUAUUGCAAGACGAGUAUUACAUCAUCUAAAUUAAAAUAGUGUUUUUUGAGGAAUAAAGAUUAUCAAUAUAUAGAUUUGUUGUAGAAAUAUGAAAAAAGGAAUUUGGAUGCACAAACUUUGAAUGAAUUAAAUGCAGAGACUCUGGCUUAUCAAGGGAAAUUCAUGGAUGCAGGCAAUCUGCUUAUAAAGGUCGGUUUGGCAGACAAAGCAGUUUAGCUGUUCAAAGAGUUGAAACGUUGGGAUGAAGCAAAAAGUUUAUAAAUUUGGUUACAUUAUUAGAUUUUGCAAAGAAAGGAGAUGUGGCAUUUAGAGCUGUGACAUCAGGAGGGAGAACAGGAACUGGAGUCAGAGCACCAACAUCACAAGGGAGAACAGGCACUAGUAGAGGAUAGGCUGUGAUACCAUAGCCAUAAGACAUAGCAGCUCCUAAGAUAGAAAUGAAUAUGUUAUUACGAGAGGAGGCAGAGUGGAUGAAGGAGUCAGGAGAUUGGAAGGCUGCUGCAGAUUUAUUUGUAUAAUGUGGAGAGUUCAAGAAAGCCGUUGAUUUGUAUGGGUAGAAUAAAAAUAUCGAUGGACUAAUUAAUGUUUGUAGAAUGAUGGACAGAUAAGACAACACAGACAACAUUGUCUAAUGUGCCAAUUACUUUAAGAAGCUCAAACAUCAUGGAGGCGCUAAGGAGGCCUAUCUUAAAUUGAAUGACUUGUAGAGUCUCAUGACUUUGCAUGUUGAAUUUGAGAAAUGGGAAGAAGCCUUUCAAAUUGGUCGCUCAAAUAAACAAUUGCUUGAGAUCGUCAAAGUUCCUUACGCCAAUCAUCUAUUGCAAAAUGAUAGAUAUGAGGAUGCACUCAAAGCCUAUAAAAGUGCUGGAAGAUUUGACAUAUCAAUGAAGAUGACUAAGGAUAUGGCUAAGAAUUGUAUUGAAGAAUAAAGGUAUCAUGAUGCUAGUCAAUACCUUUGGAAUCUAGCUAUUGAUUGCCUCACUCAGAUUGGUGAUUAUCAUAAUCCCUCUGGAGAUGAUGUCAAAUCAAUCAGAUAGUAUUAAGACUAUAGUGAUUUAGCUGAUGUCUAUUUUGCUUAUCAAAAAAUACAUAGUUUUAUUGGAGAACCUUUCCAGCCUCUGUCUGGAGAGAAUUAUUUCUUAUAAAUAAUGAAUGCAGCUCGAUUCAUCAUCUCUAAGUGGAAAAGCACCUACCAAGGUAUUAAAAUGAGUUAUGUCUAUUAUUCUCUUGCAAAAUGUGCUUCUCAACUUGGAUGUUACAAAACUGCUCGUAUUUGUUAUGAAAAACUCAAUGUACAUAUAUAACUAUAAUUUGUAGUCAUUCAAAGUACCACCUGAAUGGAGUGAAGAAAUAGAUCUUAAAUCCAUGCUUAUCAGAUCCAAACCCUAUACAGAUGAUGAAUCCAGAUUGCCCUUUUGUGCCAGAUGUCAAACAUCAAAUCUUAUGUUAAAUGAAAAUUAAAAUUGUGCUCAAUGCAAUGUUUGUCUUCAUCCUCUUUUUUCAUCCUUCAUCACUUUUUAAAAUCUUUUAGUAGUGGAAUUCAAGGUUGAUAACUCCUUAUCCAGAGAGGAUGUUGAGAAAUUGCUCAAUAGUGAAAAAGUCAUUUCAAACAAACGACCAGGAUAACUCUUCUAAGACAAAAUGAAUGAAAUUAUUCAGUAAUAACAGACCUCGCAAGAUCAGUAUUUGGCAGUUGAAUUAGAUGAAGCAACAAUUAAAACCCUAUCACCUGAAGAAGUUCUUAUUGUUGAUCUCAGGCCAUAUUGUAGAACUAUUGAUGUCAAAUACUACAAAAAUAUGGAUUCCUCAUAACCAAUUCAUGUAUGUCCUGACUGUGCAAGAUUCUUUUUCAUUGAUGAACAUGAAUUUGAAUAUGUUCAAAAGAAAUGUUGUCCAUUCUGUAGAACCACUGAUAAAAAAAUACCACAGAAGGAUAUAUUUGAUCUUUGAAGUAUAUAUUUACAACCAUAAUAUGCG